AUGGCAAAAUUCGUGAUCGCUGGAAAAGCAAAUUGUCCACAUUAUGCUAAGGCAGAGUUACUUGGAGAUUACCUCCAACGUAAUUUACCCAACUUUAUCGUUCAUAAAUGGCCAAUUGAGCCAAAAGACUGGGACAACUGGGCGAAGGCUGCUUGUGAGAAAAAUCAAUGGAAACCACCAAAACAAUCAUCUCCACUCGUAUGGCGUGAAUUAAUCGAUCGCGGUGGUCGUGGAACACUUGUAGGUGAUCUCGAUGAUUUCCAGGAAUAUGCCCAUUGUUACUAUGGAACUCUUCUCAAUCAUUUUAUGGCCAAUACAUCAGCAUUGUUUCGUUCAAUUGCUGAAGAAAAUUCUCAGCAAUACACUGCUGAUCUGGAAUUCAAUCAACGAUAUAUAGAAAAAACUGUGAAUCCGUACCAUAUAUGUAUCAUUGGCGCCGAUCAUCCAUGUGCCUAUGCUCUCUUUCCGGAUUUGUUGUCCUCGAAACUAUUUCCUAAUCGAGAUAUUUGCCUACAAUUAGCGACACAUGAUCCAACAAAAUUAGCAGCAUUACAAGCUAUUGCCAUGGAAAUCGAAGAUCUUGCUUGUAAACAAUUCCGUUCGAUCGAAGUUUGCUUACAAGAUCAGAAAGAAACUUCUUAUAAGAACAUGGAUUUUAUUUUAAUUCUCGAUGAUUAUUUUAAUGAAGAGAAGGAAAAGCAUUUCCGUGACGGAAUUACCGAAAAGAAAAGAUUAAAUCAAGGGUACGAUGAACAAAACUUAUUUGCCGAUGAACGUCCACCAUACAAGCCCGAAAAGAUGACAUAUGAUUUAAAAUCCGCUUAUCAACAUUACAAAACUCUUGCCAAUCAUAUGCAAGCCAAUCUCAAAGUCACCUGUCGAAUACUGAUCGCUUGUUCAAAUUCAGUUAUGAUCGCAACACAAGCAUUCAUUCGAACAAUUAAAUCUAUUCCAUCCCAUCAUAUUCUUGGCCUCGCUCGGACCAUUGAAAAUCAAGCAAAAGCAAGAAUCGGCAAGAAACUCUGCUUGGACAUCAAAAAUGUGGUGGAUUUGCACAUUAUUGGAGAUGUUAAUGGCGAAUAUGUUAUCGAUACCAAUACUUGUCAAGCAGUUGAUUAUGAAGGAGCUAUUUGGGCACAAACGUUCUUACGAAACUCGACUGAAAUGUUGGCCGAUUCGAAAUACAUUCGCGAAGUCAUUGGUAAAGAAGUUGAAGAGCGCGAAUUCGAAUUGUAUACUCAUGUAGAACAGAAUCGAACACUGGUUCAAACUCAAGCGCGAGCUAUUCUAUCGUUUAUCAAAGAUUGGAUCAACGGGUCAAAUGAUGCGCAUUCAUAUUCGUGUGUGAUGUCCUGUUCAAAUUCUACUUUAGGUUUAACUGAAACAAAUGACGAAGAGCAAACAGAUAAGAACAUCAUUUGUUCGAUACCCGUACUGAUGAAAGGACAAGACGAGAUAUUGCCCAUUGAUUUGAAUCUAUCAAAUGAUAAUCGAACUGCACUCAUUCGAAUCCUCAAGUGUAAAAGUAAUCACAGGAGUAUCGGAAACAUUCAAAUUCACGUAAUGUAUUAUCCACAAUAUUACUCUACACCGCCACAGCAGCAACCACAACAGCAGCAACAGCAGCAGCAACAACAGCAACAGCAACAGCCGCCGCAACAUCAUCCUCAACAACAGCAACAGCAACAACAACAACCACCGUUACAUAAUAAUCAAGAUCCUCAUCAUACGUAUAGGGCGGCUUAUUCAUCGUUUUACCGGCCUAGUCCAGCACAAAACCGAAGCAGUCAUAAUCUAAAUUUCAGUCGCGAAUUUGAACGUUUUCCCACACCACCACAUGGCUACAGUUCCAUGCCAUCAGGUGCCUAUCCAUUCUAUGAUACCACCAAUCAGAAACAACGCUGGCGAGCAGGUUCAACUCGAAUACCGCAUCAAUAUCAUCGAACGCCAGCGUUCCAUUUCCAAGAUAAAUCAACUUAUUAUUAUAUGUCUGAUCCAAUAAUUAGCAACGAUAAUCGAAUCACUAUUCAAUUAACGAAAGUUCAUAUUGGACACAAUGGUGAUCAACAGCGUGUAUUCGUCGAACAGGAAUUUAGUGAUGAACACGAACUGAAGAAAUUUGUGAAAAAUCUACGACACAACUUCGAAAAAACGUUCAAUAAUCGUGCUACUGGUGUACAUAGUAGCGGUGAAAAUCUUGAUGAAAAUCACACGACGAGUAAUAAGAAAGCUGGAGUCAUCGUAGUAGAAGAGCCAGACGAAGAACCGAAAAUCUACGAGCAGCAAGCUUAUAAUGAAAACAUUGAAUCGAAGCAAUCAGCAAAUAACCGUUCGUCAAUAGCAAAUUCGCCACGAUUAGAUAGCUGUGAUCAUUGUCGACGUUCACCAAUUGAUUCCUCAUGCUCAACAGUUCGAACGAAUCGACGUCGAAAGCAUAAAAUGAAACAUCAUCGAGAUAAGAUUGACAAUGAGUUGCACAUCGAGGAAAAAGAACCACCUCUUCCACCCCCGCCUCUUCUAUCGACACAACAACAGCAGCACAGUGAAAAAAUGGCCAGCUAUUCCCGUCAAUACGAACCUUCCCCUCGUUUUCCACAACAUCGCACUUUGCCAAAAGAUAAAGACUUUCGAUUGAGAAAUGACUUUAGCGUUCCACCCAAUCUGACUUCUCAAUGGAGAUACAACGGAUAUUCCCAUUCAUUAAAUAGUCGAUCACGUUCAUAUAUUCCAGCAAUGAAUGAAAACUAUCCUCCGUCAACGCCUUCCCGCUUUCAAUACACUAAAGAUCCAUUCUUUCGUCCUAUUCGUCCUCCCACCCCAUCUCGUUUCAUUCAUUCCAAGACUCAACAUAAAUCUCAACCAUCUCCUCGGUUUCAAACCACCUCCCAACAUCGACGAAAUCAACCCACAAGCAUUGCUGAACAUUUCACGUUUAUGAAUAAUGAACAUCAACAACCUCGUGUUCAUCGUACACGUUCCGAAUGUCGACCUCAAGCUCCCGUCCGAAGUGGAAGUAAAACAUUUCCCUAUCUUGAUUACAAUGCCAACUUCAACCAACGUUAUUUUAAUCCCUAUCUACAUUCAUCAGCGCAAAUAUUUUAUUCUCAACGACGUUUCUUUCGCAAUCCACAAAAACAUUCAUGUUUAUUUAAUUCUUAUCGUCCAAAUUCUAAACGUUUUUAG